AUGUUUAAUCACUACAUUCUAUCUCUUAUUGUAAUUACUCUCAUUAGCAAUGAAGCAUUUAUAUUACAGUGCCAAAACUGUCGAUGCAUACCGGAUUAUUGUACACAAACGGUACCUCGAUCAUUAUGCCCUUGUGAUGGAACACAAACACCGUGUAGUCGUACAACUGCUGAAAUGCAGGCUGUCACUAGUGCAAGAAGUGUCCAGCAACAACAACAAUUUAUGAUACCACAAGCACCGGCCGUGAAAUAUGUCCUCAUCCAACAUCCAGUUCAAUCAGUACCAGUACAAACACCUGGUCAGGUUAUGAUAGAGAAUCAGCAACAGCAGCAAAUCAUGCAAACGUUAACUUCGUUGCAACAACAAAUUUUACCUCAACAAAUAAGAAUAAGUGGAAUACAGCAACCGAGUAUACCACCUGUCUAUGUUGUCCGAACUAUUGAGCAACCGGCUCAGGUGUUAGGACAAAUACAACAAAUAUCAGAACCAGUGAUUCCAUCACAAUAUGUGCCUGCGAUGCCAAUGCAGCAAGCGCAAGUGAUGCUUGUGCCUUCGGUGCAACAAGUGAUACCGCAAACGCAACCGUUCAUUUCACCCUUUCAAUUUUCUAUGCAGACAGUUACUUUGCAAGUUCCAGUAACAAUGGCAGAACACUGUACUCCUCGAAUAAAUGCUUGUCCACUUGGAUUACCAUCUAUUCAUGCUGUCACAGAAUGUGACAAUAUCACCAAUACUCCAGCCACACGUUGUGUUACAGUGGAAGAAGCACGAAAACUAUACACUUGUCUUCCAAAUUUUAAUUUCAAUAAAUUGUGGGACAAUUAA